CAACCGUGCUAGUACUAUGACCUACUCUACCUUCGUCGGACCUGCUUUGGUAGUGACGCAUUAACAGAACCGCCGCCGGGACAGCUGGCAGUACUACCAGGCGGCCUGCAGCUGAGGUAGUGCAAGGCGACCAUUGUCCGCAGUCAUUCACGGGCUUCUUCCUGUCGACCCUUGUGUUGUCUCUACUUCGUGGCUCUCCGGACAAUGCACGAUGCAGUUUUCAGGCGAAAAAUACCAUGCACAUUCUGAAUAACACCAUGCAUGCCCAGGACCGGUCGACAUGAUGGGCCAGAAUAUGGACACAGAGCGACGAGGAGGGCCGCAGAGUAUUCGCGAAGAGACUCGGAGAGCGGGACAAAGAGUUAAGCAAUCACGGUCAGAGAAAAUGUGUGGAAGUCACCGAGACACGUGUAUGAAGCCGGCUCGAAAGGAAGUCCUGGUCCGACUGAGCCAGCUAUGCGCACUGCAGGUACAGCAAUGCCGCGGUAUUGACCAGUUAUUACGUCGUUAUCUUUCGCCCAUGCAUCCCGCUGCUGACAGUCGGCCGCUAGCUUGCGUUGACAACGUCAUGACCGUCGUGUAUCCGGUGUCCCAUGGCUAUGAAGGAAAAUAUGCGGGGGUAGGCCACGUCGUCAUUUUCUGUCCACGCACCCCGAACGUAGAGUGUUGGCUCUGCCGAGCACCCGAAGUCAAGAAUCCGACUGCAUUCCCAUUAGCAUCAGGGCCGACUUCGUGCCCGCUAGUUGGAGGUACAGGCGGACGUGUACGGGAGCUCGCCGCACGGACCGCUAUCUUCUACAAUGAGUGCACGUCCAAUUUCAAUGCGAACCUUCUGACGACAGCUGUUGACGUUCGCGUGCCAUUGGGUACCGUUUAUAUGCCGAGAACCGCAUACAACCCGGAGAAAGUUGCUGAUGGCUCCGUCCAUUUGUCGAACCACGAGGUGACGGCUAGGUCGCUGAAGACGUCGAGUCCACCUCGCACUCGCUCGAUAACUGCAUGACCCUACGUCGCAGAAUCUUUCGCGUCCAAGGCGUGGCACGGAGAACUCGACUAAGCCGGUGUGUGUAUUCACCUGAACUGACGGUGGGUUCCGAGUAUGAGCGAUGCCAGCUUGAGAGUGAACACGCCUACGAGCCCUGCAACCUGUACGAACAGUGUCCGUAUGCCAUAUUCACUUCAAGUUAUGAACAGCCUGUGCAAUACACGAGCUGAACCGUCUUAGCUGGUGGAUAGCGCGAAGCGAACAGGGAGAAAUUGGGCUAUCCAAGCUGUACGCAGGGGUUAAAUAUCACUGCAAUCAUUGUCGUUGUCUUCAGCCCCCACGCCUUCGUGGA